AUGUCAACAACGGUGAAAUUGUUGGAGAUUGAAGAUACUACAACUGAUAGUCAGUAUGGAAUGGGCUUACGAAACACUGCGCAUGCGUUUGUCGAAGCGCUGAAAGUGUUCGACGAUGCGAAACGCGCAGAUCGCAAGGACUGGAAGCUGAAGGCCGAGCACAAAGGCGAUAAAUGCUUCAACAAACAUUUUCCCAUUGGCAAAGUCUACUAUCUCAAGAAGACGUACAAUAUUGACAUGGAAACGCUUUUCCAGCAUCACUGGAACGAGAACGGCACCUCUCGUAUGGUUCCAUCAAAACUACCUCAAGCCUGGUGCAGCAAGGGGCUACGCCAGAAGCGAGGCGGUGAACUCGAUGGCGAUGAUGCGAUUGAGGUGGACCAUUGUCAGCUCCAAUCGGACUGCAGUGAGGUUAGCGAACGUCGCACCUCGGGUCUUGAUCGCAGCCCCUAA